AUGAAUAAAAGAGAAGAAAGAAGAACAGAGUUGGAAUCAGUGAAGAAGUACUUAGAGAAAGGUGAAUCAUCAACCGCAAAUGUUGAAUUUCCUCUCAAGUUUCUGGAACCUCUAAUCUUAGAUGGCUUACGCCUCGAUCUGAUACAACCUGGCCGUGUCGUUUUCUCAAUGAAUAUACCCCACAACUCGGCCAAGUAUUUGCAUGGUGGUGCCCUCGUUACUCCGGUGGAUUUGGUAGGCGCAGCUGCAAUUCCCGCCGCUGGAUUUCCGUUAGAGACAGGUGUUUCCGUCCAGAUCAAUGUUAGUGUAUUUCCGUUAGAAAUUUGGUUUUCUCAGUUCCUUAUAGUUGGAAACAAAUCUACAGUAAGAGGUUUUGAGUGUCCUUAA